GAUAUCAAGUUCAUAAGUUAAACAGCUCCCUCAUGUAACCUGAUCCUACUGAACUCCAGUCAUGCAGAUAGAGUUAGCAGCACUUCAGCUCAGCUCAGCUCAGGCAGGGCCUAUACACAUGAAUCAUCCCCCAAAUAUCCCUGCAGGGUCACUAAAGCCUCAGUAGCCGAUACACCAGUGCUCCGUGGUAGUCAGUGUAUACCGGCUUGUGUGCAUCGUAGCAGGAUAGCCUGGUUGGGAACGGACGUACUCAAUAACUCUCACUAGGUUAUCGUCCAGUGGAUGGGUGUAGUGUCUAUGUGAGGAUACAUGAUGGUGCCUUAUGGUGUGGAUGCGCGAUGCAUGGUGACCAUCACUGCCCUAAUACUGUGACAUUAUUAUAUAUUCAGCUCAUCACAGGACUUAGAAAGGAUUUACUCUAUCCAGCGAAUGCGUCUCAUUGGGAAACAUGACAUUUGAUUUUCAUUGAUUGGAAUUGUAAAAAGGUUAUGAACUUAUAAAGAGCUCCAUGGCUGUUUUAUCAAAGGCAACUUUACUAUAUGUACCAUACAAGUGGAAAUUAUGAAAAGUAGUGGUCACUACAUCAUUACAAACAUCUUAUAAUACAAUGUUUGUGCCAAAAGAGACUGAUGUCUGAAAAAAAAGGGUAGACCAGAUUGCCUAUAGCUGAUUCUUGAAGAGUUUUCUUUUGUAUGAAAACUUUUAAUACAAAAACAUGAACAGUUGUUAUUGAUGUGUAUCUAUGCUUCAUAGCUAUUCUCAAUUGAGGAGUUAUAAAGAAAAAAUAAUCUAGACUUCUUAUUUUGCCCUUCAUUUGUAGAAAGAGUUAAAUCCUCUAUGAAGGUAAGGAGUGAAUGUGCUGCUUUGUUCAAUUCAACCAGCUUUUCAAUUAUUUUGAAUCACAAGGCUGCCUGAACAUCAUUUGGUGAAUAAACAUCAACUACCGGUAUAUAAACUAGAUCAACCUACCUACCUACAUGUAUGCAGUUUAGUGGGAAAGAGUGCCUUAAAUUAGUUUGUUGUUCAAGCCAUAUAUGGCUAGAGGAUUCACUUGAUUAAAGAUUUGGAGCUCCACCGUUCGGCCACGAGCACAUCCCUAUCACCUCAGCUCAGUCACAGACAGGUUGACAACUCAGCGUGCAGUACAUGCAUUUGUUUUGUAUUCUUUUGUAGGAAAUGAGCCUUGGCAUGAUUACCAGAAUAUAAGAUAUAAGUGCCUUCAGAACCAAAGUAAAGUCAGACUUUCUGUGAAAUAUUUUCCUUUGGAGUUGCAGUGAAUAUGAUGUUUUGUGCUUGUAUUUGAUGAUACACUUGAUAUUUGAUUGUGAAGCAGAAAGGAACAGUUAUUUACAGUAGCUUUUGAUCGAUCGGAAUCAGGAAGGAAUACAAUGGAAUCAUUGCAGGAAACAAACCAAUGUCUACCAGAGGAAAAUGGUACACAUGAUGCCAUAGAAAUGGAAGACCGGUCGUCAAUGCCUGGGGGAUCAGGACAACCCCUAGACCAGACGGACUGUGGCACAUCAGCAGACCCCGACAUACGUGUCAUUAACAUCAACCAGGUCCAGGCAAUCAAAUACUGCCCCAAUGAAGUAGACACUGGAAAGUACACCUUCAUCACUUUCUUUCCAAAGUUUUUGUUUGAGCAGUUCCGUCGCUAUGCCAACGUCUUCUUCCUCUUCAUCGCUUUACUUCAGCAAAUCCCGACCGUAUCACCUACUGGUAAUUAUACCACCCUACUUCCUCUCAUCUUUAUUCUACUUGUAUCAGCCGCCAAGGAGAUCGUAGAAGAUUUUAAAAGACAUAAAGCAGAUGAUGAGGUGAACAACAGAAAAGUUUUAGUGCUGAGGGACAGUAUGUGGGUUCCUAUGAGAUGGAGAGAGUUGGGAGUAGGUGAUGUGGUGCGGGUGAAAAGAGGAGAGUUCUUCCCUGCUGAUUUGGUUCUCUUAGCAUCAAGUGCCCCUCAGGCCAUGUGUUACAUCGAGACAGCUCAGCUUGACGGAGAGACAAACCUGAAGAUUAGACAAGGUUUACCUCAGACGGCGAAGUACUGCUCAGAAGCUGAUCUUAUGACAAUAGAUGGGACCAUAGAAUGUGAACUACCAAACAGACAUCUCUAUGAGUUUGUAGGAAACAUGAAAGUCAAACAAAACCACACAUUGGCUGUACCCCUAAGCACAGAUCAAAUCUUACUGAGAGGGGCGAUGCUAAGAAACACAAAGUGGAUAAAUGCUAUUGUUAUCUAUACAGGCCAUGAGAGCAAGCUAUUACUGAAUUCCAAGGCUGCUCCGUUAAAGAGGUCAACUGUUGAUAGAACUACAAACAUCCAGAUCUUGUUCUUGUUCCUGAUCUUAAUGGUCCUGGCCCUAAUCAGUGCCAUAGCAGCGGAGAUCUGGAACAAGAACCACUCCCACAAGGACUGGUACCUGGGAUUCGAAGACCAGCCUCCCAAUGGCUUCUUCUUCAACUUCUUGACGUUCAUCAUCCUGUACAACAACCUCAUCCCUAUCAGUCUUCCUGUUACGCUGGAGCUUGUCAAGUUUGGUCAGGCUCUAUUCAUCAACUUUGACCUUGAUAUGUACCAUGCAGAGACAGACACACCAGCAGCAGCUAGAACAUCUAAUCUCAAUGAUGAACUAGGUCAGGUCAAAUACGUCUUCUCAGACAAGACCGGUACCCUCACACAGAACAUCAUGGAGUUCAAGAUAUGCACGAUAGCUGGAAUCAUCUACGGUGAUAACCCUGAUGUAGGUGUUUUCAAAGAUAACAAGAUGGCCGAUCACCUGGAGACGCAUACCACAGCCCCACAUAUACGUAUGUUUGUCACCAUGAUGGCAGUGUGUCAUACAGUGGUUCCAGAGAAAGGUUCUAAUGACGAAAUCAUCUACCAAGCUUCCUCACCUGAUGAGGGCGCACUUGUUGAGGCAGCGGCCAGGCUUGGAUUCAGGUUCAUCGAGAGGACACCAGACAGUGUAGAAAUAGACGUGAUGGGCAAGCAGGAAAAAUAUGAAAUUCUGAAUGUUCUUGAUUUUACAAGUGAUCGUAAAAGGAUGUCUGUGAUUGUCAGGACCAGCAAUGGAACUAUACUUCUAUUCUGUAAAGGAGCGGAUAAUGUGAUUUAUGACAGACUAGCAUCGGACCAAGAAUUCACUGCAGACACUAUACGUCAUCUUGAAGAGUUUGCAUCGGAAGGUCUGAGGACAUUGUGCUUUGCAUUCAGGGAGAUUUCAAAGGAAGAAUAUGAGGACUGGAGUGCUACGUACUACAAGGCUAGCACAGCGAUACAGAACCGAGAAGAGAAGCUAGCUGAAGCUGCUGAGCUCAUUGAGAUGAACUUUACCCUCAUUGGUGCAUCAGCUAUCGAAGACAAACUACAAGAUGGUGUUCCUGAGACGAUAGACACUCUCCUGAAGGCUGAUGUCAAGAUCUGGGUAUUGACUGGUGACAAACAAGAGACUGCCAUCAAUGUUGGGUAUUCGUGUAAGCUUCUGAACCCUGCAAUGCCUCUGUUGAUCAUCACUGAGACGAGUCAUGAUGAGAUCAGAGAGACGUUACAGAGACACAUUACAGCGUUUGGAGAUCAGAUAGGCAAGGAGAAUGAGGUAGCACUCAUCAUUAAUGGAGAGGCGCUGAAGUUUGCCCUGUCGUUUGAUCUACGCAAAGACUUCCUGGAACUCGCCAUGUCAUGCAAGUCUGUCAUGUGCUGCAGAGUGACCCCACUGCAGAAGGCUGAGCUUGUUGACCUUGUAAAGCAGAAUGUCAAUGCCGUGACCCUUGCCAUAGGAGAUGGUGCUAAUGAUGUAGGCAUGAUACAGGCUGCCGAUGUAGGUAUUGGUAUCAGUGGUCGUGAGGGACUCCAAGCAGCUAAUUGCUCAGACUACUCCAUCGCUCAGUUCAGAUUCCUUCAUAAACUCAUGUUGGUUCAUGGAGUCUGGAGCUACAAUCGUAUCUCAAAGGUCAUUCUCUACUCCUUCUACAAGAACAUCUGUCUCUACAUCAUGGAGUUCUGGUUUGCGAUUGUGAAUGGUUGGUCUGGACAGAUCCUCUUCAACAGAUGGUCGAUUGGUAUCUACAACCUGGUCUUCACAGCUUUGCCACCCUUUGCCAUUGGUCUGUUUGAUCGUAACAUCAGUGUAGAGAGUAUGAAGAGGUUCCCUCAGCUUUACAAGUCAUCUCAGAAUGCUGAGUACUUUAAUUCAAAAGUGUUUUGGAUGUGGACUCUGAACUCUGUCUACCAUUCUCUUCUCAUCUAUUGGUUUGUGGUUGCAUCCAUGAACCAAGACGUUGCCUGGGGCAACGGCAAGGCAGGAGACUACCUUGUUGCUGGCAAUAUCGCAUACACAUGUGUUUUGGUGGUUGUUACAUUAAAGGCUGGCCUGGAGAUGGAUACAUGGACCUGGCCGGUCCAUGUAUCAUUAUGGUUUGGUCUGAUUGCUUGGGUUGUUUUCUUCGGUGUCUACUCAGUUCUCUUCCCAUUCAUCUCAUUUGCAUCGGAUAUGUACAAUGAGGCUACGAUGGUGUUCUCAAGUACUAUCUUCUGGAUGUUAUUACUCCUUAUCCCCAUCGCAGCACUCGUACGAGAUAUCGCUUGGAAAGCUGUUAGACGAACGAUGUUCAAGACUCUGGCCGAAGAGGUGCAAGAAGCUGAAGUCCAGCUCAUUGACCCAACGUCCAUCAUACAGAAGUCAGUCAAGAAAAGUGUUCACUACAUUGGCAGUCGAGCUCUGAAAGCUAAGAAUGGUUUUAGUGAAACUUCUCGCCUUCUAACUAGAUUGUUCAAACGAUCGCCUAGUAGCGCACGGCAUCUUGCUGAGGAGGAGGGUACCCCUCGACAUGGAUUUGCUUUCUCUCAGGAGGAACAUGGAGUUAUUACUCAGGCGGAGGUGAUCCGAGCAUACGACACAACCAAGAGACCAACAGGUGCUGUGGUCAUCCAUGAAGAACCAUCAAAGUAGGCUGACAAUCAUUCAACUAGCGGUCAAGGAAUAUAUGUUAUGUUUUAUGUUAACCCCCAUAUCUUAUCCAGCCUAGCCUAGAAGCUCAGUGAUAUGUAUGUAUAUUAUACUCCCACCCCCUUGUGCACUCAUUUGUAUUCUUUGUGAACCAGAACCCAUCAAUUCCUUGCCUUUAUACAUCGUUUGUUGAGACUCAUAAGGGCAUUCAC